UUAAGCCAAGGCGAGGAGCCGGAUUCUGGCGGCGGCGGCGCCUGCUCCUUUAAGCGUGGCGAGUCCGAGGCUUGCGCCUUCAGCGUGACUCAGCAUUUGCUGCCUGAACAUUUAUUGAGCCGCUCGGGUCGGGUCCGCCCACAAAGGAGAGAACGAGCUUGGGAUCUGUUGCAUCUUUGUUUUGCUGGCGCUCCCGACAUGCCUGGCAAAUAUACCCUCGUCUACUUCCCCGUUCGCGGUCGAGGUGAGGCCACUCGCCUGCUGCUGGCUGAUCAGGGGCAGCAGUGGACAGAAGAUGUGGUGACAGGAGAGAUUUGGCAGAAGGGAGAUCUGAAGAAGUCAUGUCUCUUUGGCCAGUUGCCAAAAUUUCAAGAUGGAGACUUUGUACUCUACCAGUCAAAUGCCAUCCUGCGCCACUUGGCUAGGAAUCAUGGGCUGUAUGGUGAAAAUGCAAGGGAAGCAACGUUGCUAGACAUGGUGAAUGAUGGAGUGGAGGACAUGCGUCUCAAAUACGUUCGCCUCAUCUAUCAAAACUACGAUGCAGGCAAAGCUGAGUACAUUGAGGCGCUGCCAGGGCAGCUGCGCCCUUUUGAAACUCUUCUAGCUCAGAAUGAUGGUGGCAAGGGCUUCAUUGUGGGCAAAAAGAUCUCCUUUGUAGACUAUAACCUGUUGGACAUAUUGCACCUGCAUCUGGUCCUAGCACCUGACUGUCUGGCUUCGUUUCCUUUGCUGGCUGGUUAUGUGCAGCGCCUUAAUAACCGGCCACAGCUCAAGGCUUACCUAGAAUCUGAUGCCCGCAAACAGCGCCCUAUCAAUGGAAAUGGGAAGCAGUGAGACCAGUUCCUCCUUCACAAUACAAUUUAUGUAGCGGUUCCUGGAAUCCUUUGCUGUUUUCUGUUAUGUGCUAUUAAGUCACGUACCACCAAUGGCAAGCCUGUGAAUGAGUGACCUCCAAAGUUUUCUAUUCCUUGAUUUAAUAAAGCUGAUUUAAAAACUUG